UGUUUCCGUUUUUUUCGUUUCUCGUUUUCGCCACAACGUCACCGAAUUCGUGUAAAUUGGUCCGCGGGCAGGUGAAAUGCUCGGAAAAUGCAUUUAUAAGCAGUAAUAAGUGCCGAGUCGCCGCUUCUUUUCGUUCUGUGUGAUAUAAUAAAGGCGCAGGCUUCGAUUCUGAUCGAUUAAUUAAUUCCUCCCGACUGCCAGCUGCUCUGCAAGUUGUCUUUGAAGAAUGUCUUCGAAUGAGGCUUACCACAAUAACAUGGAGCCUGGUGCCGGUGGCGAUGGUCCUGCAGGGUCCAAUGGAACAGGUGGCAGUCAGAGAAGCAAUCAUCAACAGAUUCUCAAUGAGACGACCUAUCUAAAACCCGCCGCCAAGCAGGCCUAUUUCAGUGACGAAAAGGUCCUCAUACCAGACGAUGAUAGGACAAAUGUUCGUUUCAGUUUUCGUAAGCUGUGGGCCUUCACGGGACCCGGUUUUCUCAUGUCGAUUGCAUAUCUGGAUCCCGGCAACAUUGAAUCCGAUAUGCAGUCGGGUGCGGCGGCCAAAUACAAGAUCUUGUGGGUCUUACUCUGGGCCACCGUUUUGGGUCUGCUCAUGCAACGCUUGGCUGCAAGAUUGGGAGUGGUGACUGGCCUUCAUCUGGCUGAGAUGUGCUACCGGCAGUACAAACGAUUCCCCCGCUGGAUCCUUUGGAUAAUGAUCGAGAUAGCCAUCAUUGGGUCCGACAUGCAGGAGGUCAUCGGUACUGCCAUUGCCAUAUAUUUGCUCUCCAAUAAAGUAGUGCCUUUGUGGGGUGGCGUGCUGAUCACCAUUGUUGACACGUUCACGUUCCUGUUUCUGGACAAGUACGGUCUACGCAAGCUGGAGUUUCUGUUCGGCUCGCUCAUCACCAUUAUGGCUGUCUCAUUUGGCUAUGAGUACAUUGUCUCAGCACCCAAUCAAGGCGAGGUUCUGGAGGGUAUGUUUGUGCCCUGGUGCUCCAACUGCGACUCAAGUGUGCUACUGCAGGCGGUGGGAGUGGUCGGUGCUGUGAUUAUGCCCCAUAAUCUCUACCUGCACUCUGCCUUAGUUAAGUCCCGCGAUGUUGAUCGUCGCCAGCCGAAAAAAGUGAGCGAGGCGAACUUUUACUUCUUCAUAGAGGCAUCGGUGGCCCUGUUUGUGUCUUUCAUCAUUAAUCUCUUCGUGGUGGCCGUCUUUGCUCAUGGAAUGUACGGAAAGACCAACAAUGAUGUGGUGGAGAUGUGCGCCGAUAAAUCGAUGUACGAAGAUGCCAAAAUGUCCUUUGUGGACAGCAACAAUGGAACGGACAUCAUCGAUGCUGAUUUGUACAAGGGUGGUCUCUUUUUGGGCUGCACCUUUGGCGCCGUGGCCAUGUACAUCUGGGGCGUAGGUAUCUUGGCCGCUGGUCAGAGCUCUACGAUGACGGGCACCUAUGCUGGUCAGUUCUCGAUGGAGGGAUUCCUCAACCUGCAGUGGCCGCGCUGGUGCCGCGUGCUGGUCACGCGAUGCAUUGCCAUUAUUCCCACCUUCUGCCUGGCCAUGUUCAGCAAAAUGGACGACCUAACCCACAUGAAUGAUAUUCUGAAUGCUGUGAUGUCGCUUCAGCUGCCAUUUGCCGCCAUUCCCACCAUUGCGUUCACAUCGUGUGCCGCCAUAAUGGGCGAGUUCGUCAAUGGACUGGGCAACAAAAUCGUUUCCAUAUUGCUCACCAUUGUGGUGAUUGGCGUUAAUUUGUACUUUGUGAUUGUUCAGGUGGAGAAUAUGCAGAUAGAAGGCGGCCUGCUGGCUCUAGUUUGUAUAUUUGCCGUUCUGUAUAUACUCUUUAACCUGUACCUUGUUAUACAUAUGGCCGCCUGCAUGGGCAAUCAACGUCUGAUGAAUAGUCGGUGGGUGCAGCGGUUUGUGUUGCCAAGCCAGAACAGCUUUUCGAUAAAGAACGCCAACUCGACGUAUGCCAGAAUUGCCACAAACGGCGACCAAGAACCGGACGCCAUCGACGGUGAGGAUGCGUAGCCAUUACUGUGCUGCACUGAUUCCGAUGGCAGUGAGGAGGUUUGUUUCACCAACAGCAACAACAACGAGCUAGGAUGCCCCAGCAGCAAUCUGGAGGCCAGGUCCGAGGGACACCAUCUGGUAAUCAGCUAGCGGUGGCAUUCGAAUCGGUACCGUGAAUGCCGCCGCCGUAACAAACCGCCCAACAGCGGACGCCGUGUGGCAAAGUUUUUCGGCAAGGGUCUCCCGAAAAAUGGACUGGCGCUCGUUGUUGCUUCGGGUAUACUCUAUUCUUGAGGGGUUCUCCAAGAGGACCUGGGAUCAGUGUAACACAAUAACUACUUUCUAACAUAAACGCAUACCAAAAAAAAAAGAAAUCGAAAACGGAAAUGAACACUACUAAUAUCAAAAUAAGCGCAGAGAGACAUAGAAAGCCAUGAGUAUCGUCAAAAUUAUCACUUAUCAAAUGCACUUUUAAUUAAAUCAAGUAAUUAUAAAGUCUCUUAAUAGUAAGGCUGUGAAAUUAAGUGAGCGUAAAUCGAACCACAUCAAUUGUCUAAUCGUGUGUAAAUCUUCCUGUAAAAAUUUGCCUAAAAAUUGUGUCUCUUUUUAUAUUAACUGUGUGUGUGUGCGAAAUAAUUUAGCAAAAACUUUUAAA